CCCCUGCUCCAUAUUAGAUGCUGGAAGCAAGUGGAGGUUGGAGGGGUGGAUUAACAGCAAGCUCUGAUUUCUGUGGUCAGCCUACUGGAGGGACAAGUGACGUCUACACAUUUAAUUCCCCCUCCCGUGAUGCACAAACACUGAGCUGUGUGUGUCAGAAUGAGGAAAAGUCUGUGAAUUGUAGCAAUGAGGUGCCGAAACACUUGCAUACAAAAUACAGCCUCUAUUGAUGCACAAACUAGCCAAGUAUGAUCAUUACAGGAUAUUGCUACAGAAAGUGCAGCGUAUUAUGAUUUCCUGAUCUGCAGAACCUCUGGGGGCAUUGGGAAAAAAAAGAACUCGGAUCUGGGAUUUGGUUUGUUUUUCUUAAUGUGCUCUGAAAGGAGUUUGCAGCAGCCAGACAUGGAUAGGAGAGACGAAUAUGACAGCAGUGGGUCUGGGAGCACUAAUAGCAUGAAGAGGAUGCUGAAGUGUGUGGUGGUUGGAGACGGAGCGGUCGGGAAGACCUGCCUGGUGAUGAGUUACGCUAAUGACGCUUUUCCGGAGCAAUACGUACCCACUGUGUUCGACCACUACGCAGUGACGGUGACUGUGGGAGGAAAGCAAUAUCUCCUGGGACUCUAUGACACAGCAGGACAGGAAGAUUACGAUCAACUCCGACCCCUCUCCUACCCCAACACGGAUGUGUUCCUGAUUUGUUUCUCAGUUGUUAAUCCGGCUUCUUACCACAACGUCCAGGAGGAAUGGGUGUCGGAACUCAGGGCCCGUAUGCCUAACGUGCCUUAUGUUUUAAUAGGAACCCAGAUUGAUCUGAGAGAUGAUCCAAAAACGUUGGCUCGACUUCUUCAUAUGAAAGAAAAACCACUUACUUAUGAGCAAGGAAUAAAACUGGCAAAGAUGAUUGGAGCACAGUGCUACUUGGAGUGUUCCGCACUAACUCAAAAAGGCCUCAAGAACGUGUUUGACGAAGCUAUCCUCACAGUGUUCCACCCAAAGAAAAAGAAGAAGGGCUGCGGGAAGUGUCGCAACUCUUGCACAAUUGUCUGAGAUCAUUCCCACCAACACGAAUGGUGCUAUUGUACAGGGAUGGGAGGAAAACGGCUACGAACGGAAGAGUGGAAAUGUCCCUGAGUGAACAAAAAGCAAAUACGGAGGAUAUGAUCAGUGAGGAUCCCUUUGUUGUGUGCAGAGCCUUCUAUCUGUGACACCUCCGCAAUAUAACAUUUAACUCACUGUACUUCACUACUUCCCCUCACACUGUGAUGUUUUCUAUGAGAUUUGUCUAUAAACUAUAUGUGCCUUUUCCAGUGUACAUUCUGAGUAUGUGCUCAAUAGGAUGACCUUGAAUUAAUACUACACAAGUGAACAUACAAGUAAGUGCCUUGAACAUGUGAUUUUCAAGGUUCAGUAGUUCUAUGAGCUGCUGAGAAUGUUUGGACAUCUUUUACCUUACCGUUUAUAACACUAUUAGUUUAGUACCAUAGAGCCUUUUUAGCUGUUUCAUGGCCAGUUUCCAUAGCUGCACAGGACAGACCUUCACAAAGUUUUUCUAUGAAUACAUAUUUUAGCUAAAUACUCGAGUAUAUGGAUGUUGUAAAUAUGUACACCUAUGACCAUAUCAUACAUUAAUAAAACACAUGGAAAGCUAAGAGUCUAUACUAGCAUUCCCACCACUGCGUUCAUGCUGCGAUUACGAUUUUAGAGCGCAGCACGCCUGAUUUCUUGUGCAUUAACUUAAGUUACUAGUUCAAUAGCUUAUACUGAUGAAAGUGCGUUAAAUAUGCAUCACAUAGAAAGGUUUUAGCAUUAUGCAUUAUUACCAAUUUCUUCAACACGUUUUUGAACAAGCUCUCCACGGAAUUCAACGUUACCUGGCUAGGAACAAUAAUUCAAUCCAGGAUCCUCAAUGGCUGCACAUUGAGAGGGUUCUGUUGCAGUGCAGCUGCUGAAUGUACAGCUCUGUGAAAACCCAAAAUACUGAAGGUCAAAUUCUGUCUUGUUCUGUUUUUUUACCGUACAUUCUCCACAUAGCAGAAUGUAAUUGAAGAUUAACACUGUGUGUAUCUAAAAAUGGAAUAAAGCCUAAAAAAUGUA